GAAGGGCGUUUGCAGGCUCAUCCAAUGAAUUAAUUUCCUUACAAUAUGUGCGUGUUCUCAUCUAUGGAAACCAAGGAAAGUCAAUGAGUCAGUUGUCACAUAACUUUCGCUGCAUUGAAGUGGUUUAUUAGUUGCCAUAAAGACGAAAGAGAUAUUUUCCGGGCAGCUGGGCAAUACCCACGUGCCACGUGUUACCUAUGCCUCCACCACCACUCUCUGCUGCAUAUGUUUGGAUUGGCUCCCAUUAUUUGGUGCCCCACUGCUACAACGUCAACGUCCUUUCUCCGGCAACACUCGCCUCGUUAUUCUAAGCUGAAAAGGGCGGAGAAAAUCGAAGUGAGAGCUGACGAAUACAGGUAUUAUUGAUUCAACUGAAGAGGGUAAAUAGUUCUCUUCAAUUCUCCGACGGUUGUUGCGAGUGUCGGUAAUAAUUGAGGAUGAGUAUGGCGGUGCUCUACAAUCCCGUCAAUCCAUCAAUCGGUGUAUAUUCGCGAACUCAUUUUCCGUUUCUGGUCUGCCCCUCUCUGACGUCAAAACCACUGUUGAGAAGCCAGGAGGUAGGCGGUUUGAGGAAACCUAUCAGAGCAGGAACCGGCGGCGGAGCUGAAUCUCAUAAAACGGAAACAGUCGGAAACUCGCGGCCGCCGUCGCAAGGGAAGAAGCUGAGGAUUCUGGUGGCCGGCGGCGGAAUUGGAGGUCUGGUUUUCGCGCUGGCGGCGCAGAAGAAAGGUUUCGAAGUUGUAGUGUUCGAGAAGGAUCUGAGCGCAAUAAGAGGGGAGGGGCAGUACAGAGGUCCGAUCCAGAUUCAGAGCAAUGCGUUGGCUGCUUUGGAAGCCAUUGACAUGGACGUUGCCGAAGAGAUUAUUAACGCUGGAUGCAUCACCGGCGAUCGGAUUAAUGGCUUGGUGGAUGGUAUUUCCGGCACUUGGUAUGUCAAGUUUGAUACCUUCACUCCGGCGGCGGAGCGGGGACUUCCGGUGACGCGAGUCAUUAGUCGAAUGACUUUGCAACAAAUCCUUGCCCGCGCAGUCGGAUCCAACGCCAUUAUGAACGAAUGCAAUGUAAUCGACUUCGAGGAUCAUGGAGAAAAGGUAACUGUGAGGCUCGAAAAUGGGGAGACUUAUGAAGGCGACCUACUUGUUGGCGCAGACGGGAUAUGGUCGAAGGUUAGGAAGAAUUUGUUCGGAGCGGCCGAUGCAAUUUACUCUGGCUACACUUGCUACACUGGAAUCGCGGAUUUUGUUCCCGCUGACAUCGAGACAGUUGGGUACCGCGUAUUCUUGGGGCAUAAGCAGUACUUUGUGUCCUCUGAUGUCGGAGGCGGCAAGAUGCAGUGGUAUGCAUUUCACAAUGAAUCACCGGGUGGUGUCGAUGCUCCAGGAGGUAAAAAGGAGAGGUUGCUUAAGCUGUUCGAGGGCUGGUGCGACAAUGUUAUAGAUCUGUUGCUCGCCACGGAUGAAGAUGCCAUUCUUCGGCGCGACAUUUAUGACAGGUCUCCGAUUUUCUCAUGGGGGAAGGGCCGCGUGACAUUGCUUGGCGAUUCGGUCCAUGCAAUGCAGCCAAACUUGGGUCAAGGAGGAUGCAUGGCCAUCGAGGAUGCAUAUCAACUAGCACUCGAGCUCGAUAAAGCAUGGAUGGAAAGCAGCAAGUCUGGAAACCCCGUCGAUGUAGUCCCUUCUCUACGGAGAUAUGAGAAUGCUCGAAAACUACGCGUUGCUGUUAUUCACGGCCUAGCAAGAAUGGCUGCAAUAAUGGCGUCGACUUACAAGGCUUAUCUCGGUGUAGGACUUGGUCCAUUGUCGUUUUUGACGAAAUUUAGAAUCCCACAUCCCGGGCGAGUUGGUGGGAGGUUGUUUAUUGACAUAGGCAUGCCGUUGAUGCUGAGUUGGGUUCUCGGUGGUAAUGGUUCGAAGCUUGAAGGGAGAGCCCUGCAGUGUCGACUAUCAGACAAAGCGAGCGAUGAUCUUCGAAGAUGGUUUACAGACGACGAUGCUCUUGAGCGAGCUCUAGAUGCAGAUUGGUUCCUGUUUUCGAUUGGAGACUCGACUGAAGCGCCUGAAAGCAUUUCCCUGAGUCGAGACGAGAAGAACCCCUACUUAAUCGGGAGUGUAGCACAUCCCAACUUCCCCGGAGUCUCGAUUGCUAUCCCUUCGCCUCAGGUUUCCAACAUGCACGCUCGGAUAAGCUACAAAGACGGAGCGUUUUAUGUGACUGACUUAAGGAGCGAACACGGCACAUGGAUUUCAGACAUCGAAGGCAGGCGAUACCGUAUUUCCCCCAAUGUUCAGACUCGCUUCCGCCCCACUGAUGCGAUCGAGUUUGGUUCAGAUAAAAAGGCGGCUUUUCGGGUUAAGGCACUGAAAAAUCCCCCGAAGACGAUGACGAAGAAGGCGAAGGACGACGACCAAGUUCUGCAGGCAGUGUAGAGAAGGAAGUUACAAACUCCAAGAAACCCAAGGUAAGAAACCUGUACAGGAUCGAUUCAUUGCUGCUGCAUUUUGUUAGCUGCGGAAGUAUACAUCUCUCUCUCUCUCUCUAUAUAUAUAUAUAUUUAUAUAUUUAUACAUACAAUACAUGAAAAUGGUUAAGGCCAACCUCCCGCUAAUGGAGGAUAAACUGUAUAUGAAGAUAUUUAUUGUCUCCUUGAUCUAAUUUGGGAAGAAAAUUUCUAUCUACUGUGGAAA